AUGGAGAUGUGUUUCAACAUGAUGGACAGCGAUGCCUCGGGCGCCAUCGAUGCAAGCGAGCUCUCCGACGCCUUUGGACUUCUGGGCAUCCGCAUCGGCCCUACUGGCAUCGCCGCCCUGCUGGACAAGGUGGACAAGGAUGGGACGGGGGAGAUCGAGCUGGGCGAGUUCUCCGAGAUGAUGACGGAGCAGCUGGCCCAGCUCGCCCAGGGCGCUGAGUCAGCGUCUGCCGCGGGGCUCCUGUCCCUGGACGUGGUGGUGGUCGGCUACCGCCGGGCCAAGCUGCUGCAGGCCCUGCAGGGGGCAGACAACGAGUUCUUGCUGGCCACGGCCGCCGGGGAGGCGGCGGCCCAGGCAGGCGCGAGGGGCAGGGAGGCUUCGCCGCUGCCAGAGGGACGGGGCCCUGGGGUGGCGGAGCCCAUCCCACUCCGGGCAGCCCGGCCAACUUCCCUGCAAGCGAGGCGGGCUCGUGCUGUGUUGGAGAGGGCUCUGGGCCAGAGGAGCCGGGUGCUGGGGCUGGAGACGUGA